ACACUGCUCACCACCACCACCACCACCACCAUCAUCAUCACCAGCAGCAGCUCCUCAGAAGCCCAGCCCCUAGCGUCCGUCCCGGGAACGUAACGCUCUAUGCGCAUGGGCGGAGAAACUGCCGCUGUGCGCUGUUAUUAUUGUAAGAGUAAUUUCUUUUUUACGAAAAUGGCGUCUAGUCAGGGAGGUGUGGGAGCUGUCAGUGCUCUACAAAGCCAUCACUACCCGAGCGGACCUCACUGGAGCCCGGGCAUCAGCCAGUACCAGCAGCACCAGCAGCAGCAGCAGCACCACACGGCCCGCAGCCUGGACCGAGCUCUGGAGGAUGCCGUGUGCUCCGGGAUCCUCAACCUGAGCGGGAGGAAGCUGAGGGAGUACCCGGGGAUGAGCUACGAUCUGACGGAUACCACACAAGCAGAUCUGUCCAAGAAUCGUCUCACAGAAAUCCCCCCAGAAGUGUGUCUGUUCGCCCCCGAGUCCCUCAACCUCUACCACAACUGCAUCAAAUGCAUCCCAGAAGCCAUCAUCAACCUUCAGAUGCUGACUUAUCUUGACAUCAGCCGAAAUCUCCUGUCAGUUUUGCCAAAAUACUUGUUCAACCUUCCCCUCAAAGUUCUGCUUGUGAGCAACAACAAGCUCGUGUCCAUCCCUGAAGAGAUUGGCAAGGCCAAAGAGCUGAUGGAACUGGACGUGAGCUGUAAUGAGAUCCAGGUGCUGCCAGCUCAGGUGGGGAGGCUUCAAGCCUUGCGGGAACUCAACAUCAGGAAGAAUUGUCUUCACAUGCUGCCUGAGGAGCUGGCCGAUCUGCCCCUCAUCCGACUUGACUUCUCCUGCAAUAAGAUCACAGAGAUUCCUCCGGCCUACAGGAAACUCAGGCAGCUGCAGCACAUCAUCCUCGACAACAAUCCUAUGCAGUCUCCACCCGCACAGAUUUGUCUCAAGGGCAAAGUGCACAUAUUCAAGUAUCUGAACAUCCAGGCGUGUAGAAUGGACAAGAAACCCGACACACUGGACCUGCUCCUCGGCAAGCGCUGCCUUCCACAGCCGCUUACAGAUAGCAUGGAAGAUUUUUAUCCCAGUAAGAACCACGGGCCUGACUCUGGAAUUGGUAGUGACAAUGGUGACAAGAGGCUCUCUACAACAGAGCCUUCAGAUGACGACACAGUCAGCCUGCACUCUCAGGUUUCAGAGACAGCCCGGGCUGAUGCCCUCUCACUCCUCUCGAAAAUGGAUUCUUGCAAAGAUCAGGAUCUCUAUGACUUUAUAGAGCCCAACCCCGAUGAGGAUCCUGCUCUGUCAGAGUGUGAUGGGCAGCAAAGCAGUCAUGUGUCUUGUAUAAAGGAACUGGAAAAAGUUCUUAACAUGUCUCACCAAAGCAAAGAUAAAGACUGCUGGAAAGAGGAGUCAGGCUCUGAUAAGGAGCAGCUAGUUGAGGAAGAGGAUGAUGAGCUGAAAGAAGUGCUGGAUCUGAGGAAGAUUGCUGUUCAGCUUUUGCAGCAGGAGCAGCAGAACAGACGGCGGUCUUUAAUUUGCAGAGCAGAGAGUCUCAUUCACCGACGGAGAGUGACCGGCCGGGCACACAGAUUCCUCAGUCACUCUGGAAGCUCCAGCAGCAAACCGAGGCUCCCACCUCAGACUGCUCGCAGUGCUUCUCUGGAUGAAGGCAGCAGUGGAGCAUCAGUGCUGAGCGGGCAGCCUUCUUCUUCAUGCUCAUUUGACGGCAGCUUGAAGACUGAUCAGUCAGAUUCAGAGCCAAAGUGGCCCGAAGUCCCGCCUGUCCUCAAUCAGAAUGAAGAUCGCAGGCGGAACAAGUACCUGAGGAAAGAUUAUCUGAAAUACAAGUGCCAGAGUGCCCGUAAAAACUCCAGCGGGAAUGAUGACUGUGAGGAGGGUUUGCGGAACGCUGAUUUCAGCACCACUCUGACGGUGUUUGGACUAAAGCCGAGAUCAGCUUUCACCAGAGGAAGCCGGCAGGAGUACGCCUCGACCGACCCCAGCUUCACGAUGAGGAGGAAGAUGGAGCACUUGAGGGAGGAAAUGGAGCAGAUAGGACUCUUACGGCAGAACAUCGAGUCCAGACUGAAGGUGCUGCUUCCAGACGAUGUUGGAGCUGCUCUCAUGGACGGAGUCGUUCUUUGCCAUUUAGCCAAUCACAUUUGUCCUCGGUCUGUCGCCAGCAUCCAUGUACCAUCACCUGCAGUGCCAAAGCUUAGCAUGGCAAAAUGCCGCAGGAAUGUUGAGAACUUCUUGGAUGCCUGUAAGAAGUUGGGUGUACCACAGGACCAGCUCUGCCUGCCACAUCACAUCCUUGAAGAGCGUGGUCUGGUGAAGGUGGGCGUAACCGUCCAGGCCCUGCUGGAUUUGCCCACAUCCAAGUCCACGCAGCUGUCGGCUGUUUGACACGAACCUGAAUGUUGCGUCCGAACUGCAGUCGUCCAGCACACCUCUGUUCCUAGCUCAAACCUGCACCACAUCGCCAGGGACCAGAGAGCCCCUCGGGGCGAGGACCCAGUGGCUUGUGGGCCUUUUGGAGCCUGCUUCUGCCUGACUGAAACAGGAGACAGGGGGGUGAAAUGCCUCCGUCUUCUAAUAUGAUGUCAGCCACCACCCACUUCUGGUCCAUCGCAUUUUCUCUUGUAUCCUGUUCUUUGUUACUGGGGUCAUCCUGUAUGUGUGUGGACUUGAACUGGACAGCGAGUUUCCUGAGCUGCUCAGUUAACAUUUGCUCCCAGACAUGACAGUGGGUCUAAAAGAAGACCUGCACAAAUCUAUCAGCAGUGAUGAUUGAGUCUGCUAGUGCCAGAGCAGAUAACAUUUCCAUGCUGAUGUUGGACACAUCGGCAGUGAGGAGAUGACAGACGCAUAACUCACUCUUUCACGAAAGAGGACUGAGCUGCCUCGCAGCCACAAACUGAGUGACCUCACUGAUUUCUUACACUUGAGUUUCUUUUUUGUGGAAUUUAUUUUUGCCACAAAAAAAAAGAAUUUUGGAAUUUAUUAGUGUUUGUUUUUUUACACACUUCAUCAGGUCCUUACUUUAUUUACUUUUGCACAGCCAAGCCUGAUUCAUGAGUAUUUAUUCGUUAUGUACUGCUGCUGAGCAACUGCAUCUCCCCUGCUUUUUAGGGAAAACUGCAAGCAAGGAUUGGAUUUGGUGUUGUCUUUUGGGAAAUCAUGCUACAGUAGACAUUUUGCUUGUUUUACCGAAACUCUGGUGUGACUUUAAAAUCUUUAAACCGCUGUACAAAUCAUGUGUAACUCUAUAGCAAAGUUCUUUCUCAGUACAAACCUGCAUGCACCAUUGAUCACUGUGAUAACGUGCUUGGCUGUUGCCAAAAGCAAAACGUCUUCUUUUGUAGCAUUUUUUUUCCUGUUCACAUGCAAGUUUUUGUCGUUUUUGUUUUUGUAGUAUUCUGUACAUUAACUUUUCUAAAAGUUUUAUACUUUCUCCCCAGUCAUUGCCAAUUAUCACUGGCCGUUUUUGUGGAGUUCAAGCAUAGAUUUGCUGUGAACUGUUGUACUCAAUGCAGCAAGGAUUUUAUUGCUUUGCAUAACCUCUGAAGAAAUGUGUUUAUACUGUGUGUGUUUGUGAGUGGAGGUGUGAGUGACGGGCCUCUGGAGCAGAAACGUGUUGAGUGCUGCCUGGAGUCAAACCUUCCUCACAUGGCCUUAACGUACCGCCAGGCCACCCUGCUGUAAGUGGUCUCUGAUAUACUUCAUUGUUUCAGGGAAAUUAAAUUAUUUAUGUAUUUAUUUAAUAGUUUUAUUUGUACAUAUUGUUUCUUUGUGUGUCUCAGCACAGACAUUCUGAUCUCUUGUGUGUUUUUCUGCUGGGCUAUACUGUUCAAUGCAGCAGCUCUGAGAGCUCAAUGCACUGUAAUUUGAGAAAACACGUUCCAACAGAUAAAGAAAGUAGCUCUGCACAUUUCACAACAAAGGUGCAGCAGUUCCGAAACAUGCUGCAAAUAGCACCAAAUACAAGAGAGAUGUUUUCGAAGGGGAGAACAAAUGGAAAAUUGACAUGUUGUCCAACACGUCUGACAGACAGCUGACAUAAAUUACAGUGCCUAUAAAAUGUGUUCACCCCCGUGGAAGUUUCUCCCUUUUAUUGCUUAACACUGAUAAUUAAAUAGUUCUUGCUGUUCACACGAUGCCUGUGCAACUUGACAGAGAUUAAGGAGUUUUGCAAAGAAGAGUUGGGUAAAAUUUUAGUGUCCAGAUGUGCAGAGCAGAGUGAUACCUACCAAGGGGUGAAUACGUGUACAAUCGCUCAUCUGACAUUUUGUGUUUUUAUUUAAUUGGCAUUAAUUUGUAGAAAUCCAUUUUCAAUUUGACAUGAAACAGUGUUUUGUUUUGUUUUUUUUUGUAAAUUCUUGUCAUUAAAGCCAAAUUAUAUUGACCAGGAUUCAGUGAUGAAAAAGGACAACUUUCAAGGGGGAUAAAGACGUUUCAUAGUCAGUGCAGGUGAAUUUAAACACAUCGGUGACAACUGUCAUACUUUUUUUCCAGUUGUUACAUCACAAUUUUCAGCAUUUUCACACCGUGUGUAAUUUGUCAGUUGAGCAAACAACAGAGUUGACAGCUUCAAACAUACCUAAAUAAAAGAGGUGUGGCUCAGUAGCACAAACAUUGUAUGGGAAUCAAUCACUUUUACGAAAGAAUUAAGGAUUUCUGAAGUGAAAAUUCAAGUUAUGACAGUCAAACAGGAUUGUCAUCUCAUUAAAUUACAGUUUACUUUUUGUCUAAAACUAUAUGCUUUUAGUUCCUUAUGUGUGCUUUGUUAUGUCUGAAGGGUGAUAUCAGUUUUCUUGCCAGACAGUUGGCGUAACUGUUUUGACGUUUUUGGAGAAACAUAACAUUCCCUCAGGCAGGUGUGGUGUGCCAUUCAUUUCAGAAUUGGGUCUCCAACAUGUACUUGGGGUUUGAUUCGCCAACUCUGGCAUGACAGUAAUUAGACUGGAAAUUAAAGUUAAGUAUCUCUUUGGUUGAUUCUAAAUAUAAGUAUUCCAAUUAAACUAUGAAUAAAUUAAAAGUGACAGCGAAGGUGAUGCCGGCCAAAUGAUCUCUGUUUCUGUACUUUCAUGGUUUGUAGCGGUAUUUUCCUGUCACAGAGCAUGUCACAGAGCAGCAAACACAUCCAAACUGUGCUGAUUUGUGGACAAUAUCUAAUUUGCAGUACACACCAUUUUCAUGCGUAGGAUGGAGAUGUAUGCACAUAAAACCGAGGAAUGUCAUGCUCCAUUUUCCAGACUGUACUGUAUUUGAAAAUGCACCUUUGAAGAAAAGCUGCUUCAUGAACUCCAUCGACAUCAGUUAAACGGCUUCUGAUGGCCCAGGCUUUGCUGCUUCAGCUGUGGCUGCUGAGGGCUGACACAAAUUCCCAUUUUUACAAACUAUACACGGUGUUUAGAGCAGAUUUUAGUGCCAAAAGAUCUAGCAAAGCAACACGCAAAGUCUUUCUUAGCUGAAACAUCCAAGGACAACAGUACUUGCCACCAUUUCAACACCUUGAAAGUCAUCAGACAUCGUUGUGACAUGGCAUAGUGUGCCAUAAAGGAGAGGUAUCUUUUGUUUUUUUCUUGUAUUAUUUCACAAAUUUAUUAAAUUCAUCUGUAUUUUUUUUCUUUUAAUACAUGAAUUGGUCUUUUAUCUAAUGACUUCCCUGUACAGAAUGCUUUGGAUUGUUUAGCAAAAACAGCUUCUUUGUUGAUGAGCUGAUUCACUACAUUGAGUAAGUUGAAGUGGACUUGCUACUGUUAAGACCCAUAGUCUAUUGGCUUGUAUUUGAGGCUUAAUACACCCACUCUGGUGCUGAAUUUAGCGAAUUACCAUUACUGAUUAGAUCUUCCGAUUUGCUUCUCAUGAGGAGCUCUGCUUCCUCUGAAUAGGCUGUAUUUACUAACUUUGUGCCGUCAUAUUCCAAAGAAAAGAUGCCACAGAGAUACAAAACAAUUCAGAGCUUCCAGUUUAUCAGAUCUCACUUGUAAAAUAUACACAGAUCACCACAGACUCAGGUCACACCCUUUUCUUAUGCAGAAAAAACCUGUGGAUAUCUUUGAGUGAGUGUAUUAAUCUGAUCUGUUUUUUGGCUACAUACAGUCAUAGCCUCUAUAAAUACCACUAUAUUAUGUUCUGCUGCUGCACACAGGCAAUUUUUUAUGGUCCUGGCUGCUAUUUAUUUAUCAAAGAAGCGGCUUUUUAAAAGAUAGAAACAUAUCAAGAGAAAUGCUCAACAGUGGGCUCCAUCAUUCAAGGCAUUUAUCACCAUGUGAGAUCCAUUUAUUCUGCGACACUAUACAUAUAAAAUCUGAAGAACAAGCACCCAACUUGUAGCACACUGCCCUGUGUUAGCAUUACAGCGCCUGGAUGGGUUUAUCUGAACCACAGAAGUCACAGGCUUCAGCACUGAUGGCAGCAUUGCAUCGGUGUAUAUUUACAGCCUUGGAAAGCAGAAAGUGACCUGAUACCUGAACCCAAUUCAAGCAUGCUGUGUUCAACUUUGGGGGUUUAAAUAAUUCUUGUUAAAAGUUGAACAUAGUUGAAAACAUCUGGCCACAAUUUACUGUAUGUGUACUUUCUGAUUUAAAGUAAUUGGAGUGGAAAGCUGUAAAGAAGUUGGGCAAUUUUGGAACUGAAUUUGAACGCGUUGUUCUGAUUCUGGCACUAUUUGCACAGUAUUAGUAUUUUGUGGCUUCCUCAUCAUUCAUGAUAUUGUUUUGGUUGUGGUUUUCCAUGGGAUUAAAGAUCUUCUAUUAGGGGUAAAUCAUAGAAUAAACAAGUCUUAAAUUUUCUCUCCCAAGGAAAGAGAUCAAACCAUCCAAACCACCUUCUACUGAAGCUGGAAUGAGUGUGUACCCACAUGUAGCUGGUGUUAUCCCCAUAAAACAUAUAAUAGGUUCAUAAAACGCUUUUUUCACAAGGUGUGAUGACUUCAUGUGAUGAAAAUAAGUCUCUGUAACAGAGGCAAUUAAUCACUGUGCAGUUGGUCCAAGUGCUGGAUGUGACUUACCUCUUGUGUAUUUUCUUGUUGUGCACACACUGGAUGCCUGGGUGUGUCAUAACUCACCAACUGUUUCAGUCCAAGUAAAUAGAACAGCUUUAUUUCCGAUGUUCAUUCAUUGUAAUUAUCGUUAGCAUUUAAACUAUCCAUAAAUCACUCACCUGUUGGCACAUUCAAUCUGCUGUUUAAGUCUUAAAAUUCCAAUUAAUGUUUUUGUUGUACAGACUUACUAUAUACAACAGAAGUGCACUUAAAAGUCAAGUGAUUCAACCUUGUACACAAGUCUGGAUACAAGUCAAACAGUGGGGUGUUUGCUUAUAUGUAAAAUGAAAAACGAGCAGAUUAGGUUUACUGUAUUUAAAAUACAGGCCCCAUAGUAUAUGAACUUAAUCCAACGAAAUUCAAUCCACCUUUUAUUACUGAGAUUUAGCCCUUUUAUUUAUUUUUUAUGUCCACCGGUGUCUUUUGAUGACAAACACAAACCUACAUGGCAUGGGCGAUUUAACUUUCAAAUUUCCAGAGAGAUGUUCUUCCAUUCUCCAGAAACAAUUUGUGCUUAUAGCUGGAGGGGUUGUGUCGUGUUGUGUCUUUUCUCUUUGAAGUACCUUCAGGGCAUUCUGUUGGAUUCAAACAAAGUGCAUAUUUGGCUAGUUGACAGUUUUUCUUCUUUAGAAAGUCUCCUGGGAUUUUAGCAGAGUGCUUUGAUACAUCCGCAGACACUCAUGGUGCCAUCUAUAAAUGUCAUCUCCCCUUUUGCACUCAUGCAUCUCCAUAUUAUCACACUUACACUUUUGUGCUUCACUGUUAGGACAAUGCACUCAUUGUGGUCGUAAACAUACACGUUGCGAAACCUCAUCUGGCCAAAGAAUGUGCUCCAAUAUUCUUUCUUUUCAUGUUACUUAGCAAUAUUUGAUUUUGCUGUUUUGUACCAAGCAGCAAGUUUGUUUUUUUAAUGGUAUUCAUAGAAAUAGACAAUAAGCAUUAUUCUUUGCACUGCCUAUGCUGUCACAGAAACUCUUGAUUUGUAGUGUGGGUUAGGGUUAAGGUUAGCGCUUGUCCAUCUCUGAAAACAGAGCUGGAUUGUACAAGUAGUGCACUGUCAGUGGCGUCAUUUUAGGACAGCUAAUGCAACUCCUAUUAGUCGAACUAUUACUUGUCCAAAAACAGCUGAUUGUUGCUGCAACUGCGUGUUGAUUUUUAGUUCAGUAAUUCUUCUAUGUCCAUCUCCGUUAUUGUGAAGUCUGACUUUUUUUUAGGUUCUUUGACAGUCUUUUUCAUGUCGAGCCAUGAUGCAGACAUGCUGACAGACACGGCCCAUACGUCCUAAGUUGAGAAAGUUCAGGUUACCAGAUCUGUUAAUAAUCAUGUUAAUGCACAGGUGUGUUCACUUUUUGUUGUUUUGUGAUCACAGGUUUCCUAGCUUGUGUGUGUGUGUUCACUUUUGUCACACUGACUUUCUUCUUUAGAGCCUGUAUUUUCAAUAUGGUGUUUCUACAGGAUUUGUUUUGGAUUCUUUGUAAUAGUUCAAACUCUUCUUGUCAACUUGAAAUAUUUUAGUUAUUGAUACAAUUUUGAAUUGUUUGAUGUUUAAUUGAUAUUGUGCUUUUUUUCUGUAUGCUGAACUUCUAAGUGUGGGGCUCCAGUUCCUUGCUUUGGUGUCUAUGUGAGGGACCACCUCAGUAGAAGAAAUGUUCAGUUUUCUUUGAUUCAAACAAAGGAAAUCGCAACAGCCCUGAUCUCUGUUGCCUGUGCAAUGUAACUAUGUCAUCAACACACUGAUGCCUUAUUCUUGUUUUACCUGCAAACACUACUGAAUGCCAUGCCCUUUCUUUUAUUAGUUGUACUGAAAAUGAACCAAGUGCCAAAUCAUGAAUUCAUUACUUCAAGGGUAUCAUUUCAUCGCGCCAAUUAGUAUCUGAGUAGAAGAUUCUGCUGGUGCCACUGUCUGAUAACUGCAGACAGAUAUCUCACAAGGAAUCACCUAGAUGCACUUGCAAAAUAGAUGGUCUUUGCUCCAGUCAGAUGUCUGUUGGUAUAAUUUUUUGGCAGGUGGCACAAACAUUCCUCCUUUUUAUACGGGAUGACAAGAAAUCUUGCAACAGUGGUUUCUGCGGUACAGCUGAAGAUAGCAUGAAGUUUUGCCAGCUCUAGUCAUACAAAUCAACUGUGUAUCUUCAAAAUAUCCAGUCAUUUUAAUGUGAAAUGUCCUCAUUGUGCUUCCACAUACAGUAUCAUGUUGCUGAGCAGGACGGUACCACAAAGAGAAAAUGUCAUACUGAAAAGACCAAAAUGAAGAAAUACACAUGAUAUUUUUAAUCUUUUCUAACUUUGGCCGACCUUAUGGGAAUAUUUUCACGGAGAACAAAGAUGGUCUAUUCUCGAUUACUUCAGAAGCCACUCAACAAGGCAUUUCUUCUUGGCCAGCAUGGACUGGAGGAAUGGUUGUAGUGACUGGAAGCUCUCUCAGUGUAACUAAGAGCAUGUGAGGAUUGUUCAGAAGCAGAAUUGAUAACAGAUGAACCAAUUCUUCGAAACGACUGUUUGGAAGAGGUGAAAAUCGCAUAGUCUCUGAAAGUGCUAUUCGUCAAACUUACAGGUUCUUUUUAAAUAUGAGUUGUGAAUAUAAUGUUUUACCUCAAAAACAGUUCUAUGAAGUUCUUCCCUAUUUGGUACUUCUGUUGUUCAUGGUACGGUUAAUAAAUAGAGGACUUCAUAGAGGGUUCUGUAUGUUUUUGAGGCCUGGGAGCAAGUUUGUGUUUCUAAGGGAGGGCAAUGUACAAAAUGUUGUUUUGUUUUUUCUUUAAAUUACAGAUCUUUCCCUUUACAGCAAACUGAAUGAACAGUCUGAAAUGCUUGCAAUAUGGAUAAGUUAAAUUGGCAUAUCAUUUUCUACAAAUAGUGGUGCUGAUCUAUAUUUCAUUAGUGCAUAUGUGAUCAAUCUGUGGCAUUAACUACAUCAGUACCUGUUAUUGGUUCAAAUGUCUUUAUUACAUUGUGCUUGUUAUGAUUUAACAUCCUGUCGCUGUCAUUUCAUUGAGGCAAAACAGUGAAACAGUGAGUCAUGUCCAACUACUACACUGCCGACAAAAUCCAAGCUCAUGUAUAUAAGCUUUUUGUAUUUUGAAACUAGUCUAAUGCAUGUAAGACUACAGAAUGACCGAAGCUGAACCUCUGUACAUAUCAUCUGUAUAAAUUCCAGGGUUUUCUUAAGAAACAAACAUGGUGAAUAUAAAUAAAGUCGAACUCUUUGCA